AUGGUUGUUUUAGCUUCUUCUAUAUGUACACGCGGAGGAAAGGCUCUCUUGUCUAGACAAUUCAGAGACUUGAGUAAAGACCGUAUCACUGCCUUAUUGGCCAACUUCCCCAGUUUGAUCUCCAAUUCUGGCUCCCAGAACACCACCGUGGAAGAUGAACAUGUCAGAUAUGUUUACCAACCAUUAGAAGAGUUUUACAUUGUCUUGAUUACCACCAAGAACUCCAAUAUUCUUCAAGAUAUUGACACAUUACAUUUGUUUGCCUCCACUGUGAGCAACUUGUUGAGAUCGAUUGACGAAAGAGAAAUCUUUGACAAUGCAUUUGAGAUUUUGGGUGCUUUUGAUGAAAUCAUUAAUUUAGGGUUUAAAGAAAACUUGACCUUAUCUCAAGUUCAAACCUUUUUGGAAAUGGAUUCUUAUGAAGAAAAGAUCCAAGAAGUUAUUGACAGAAACAAGGAAUUGGAGGCCACUGAAGAAAGAAAGAGACGUGCCAAGGAAAUUCAUAGAAAGGAAUUGGCUAGAAGAACUAUGGAAAAGAUGCCAUCAGUGCCAUCACAAAAUACAUACGGCUAUGAUUCUUACAAUAACAACACUUCUUCCUCAAACUACCUGCAAGCUCCUAGUUAUGAGUCUAACACAAUCAUUGAUAAUGCACCAGCGGUACCAGCUCCUAGACAUGGACCAACCAGAGGUGGGUUACAAUUGGGUAAGAAGGCCAACAAUAAUAGAGCAGUUCCUGCUGAAGUAAACCAACCAUUGUUAACUCAAUCUCAACCUACAUUCCAACACCACACACCUGCACCUGCAGCCUCACAAUCUUAUCACAACUCAGCCGUGGAAUCCUCCACUGCUUCUCCAGCUCCACAAACACCUAAGGUGGUUAAUAACGGUAUUUUAAUCACAAUUAGUGAAAAGGUUAAUGCAGAAUUGACCAGAGAAGGUGCUGUUGUCAAGACGGAAGUCAAGGGUGACUUGAAAUUGAGAAUCAAUAACCCUGAAUACGCUCACUCUAAGAUUCUUUUAAAGACUGCCAAAUCAGGUGUUCAAUACAAGGCCCGUCCUGAAGUUGACACUAAAUUGUUUACACAAGAACUGAUCAUUGCCUUGAAGGAUAAGUCCAAGUCCUUCCCAUCCAACGAUCAAUCUCUUGGUGUUUUAAGAUGGAGAGUUGUUGGUAAGGAGGAUGAUACUAACUACUUGCCUGUUAUUAUCACUGCAUGGGUAAAUGUCAAUGAUGGAGUGGCCGACGUAACAUUGGAAUAUGAAUUAACUUCCAGUUACACUGAGGGACACCCAACCCAAGAAAAGUUGGAAAAUGUUCAAAUUUUGGUUCCAAUCCAAUCUCAUGAUGUGAACUUGAAGGAUGACCCAGAAAAUGUCUCAUUUGAAGUUUCUGAUUAUGGAGUAAUCUUUAAUAUCGAUGAGAUUUCCUUAAGUGAACCUCUGGGAUCCUUUGAAUUCUCUAUUCCUUCACCGGAUGAAGAUUCAUUAUUCCCAAUGGAAUUACAAUUUGAGGUAAUUAGAAGUGGACUUGAUGACACUGAUGUUUCAUUUGGUAAGGUUCAAGUUUUGGAUGUUGUUUCCAGUGGUGAAGAUGAAGAAUCCUUACCAUUUGACUUGCAUUCUACUCUCAACAGUGAUGGUUAUCAAAUUAAUUAA